UUUGUCUGAUGACGUGACGGACUAUGUUCGGUGCCCCGCGGCUCAGCAUAAUCGAAUACGCCCAGUGGGUCAGUAGUUUUCAACGCUGCAAAACACCGCCUUGAGCAAUCUGAUUGGUCUCUGUUAGCACAUUGUAGUUUGUAAUUGGCUUUCUAAUAAACCAAUCCAAUCAUCAUCUCGCCACUGCGGUUUCGAUAUGUUCCUCAGACGGUUUCCUUGCCUUGAACGGAAGACAUCUAGCGACAGUGAGAUAGCUACAAGGAUUGAAACUGGUGACAGUCAACAUUUAUAUAGCAUAUUUGUUUACGCAAGUCUUGUGGAUGCAAUUAAGUCAUUAUCCGGACUACUUGUUGACAAGCUAGAGUGGUAAGCAGUCGGAGCUUGGUUUGGGUAGUCGUACAAGUAUCAAGAAAAUACAUAGCUAUUUAACGCUACCUAUAAGAGAGUGGACGAGGGGGAACGAAUGGACAUUAAAGUCAACCUGCCUGGUUAACUAGCUACCUGUACUUGUUUCCAGUUAGCUAUUUUUCAUCAGCUGGCUUGUUCAGACGUUAACGACAACCCGUGACGUUACCAAUAACCAGCAGGGUUUGAGGAUGAACCACCUGUCCCUGAGUGAGCUGUGCUGCCUAUUCUGCUGCCCUCCAUGCCCCAGCAAGAUCACCUCCAAGUUGGCCUUCCUGCCCCCGGAGCCCACCUACACCCUCUUGUGUGACGAGAGCGGCAGCCGCUGGACCCUGCACCUGUCUGAGCGCGCAGACUGGCAGUACUCGGCGCGUGAGAAGGACGCCAUCGAGUGCUUCAUGACGCGCACUUCACGCGGCAACCGCAUCGCCUGCAUGUUUGUGCGCUGCUCGCCCAGUGCCCGCUUCACGCUCCUCUUCUCGCACGGCAACGCCGUGGACCUGGGCCAGAUGAGCAGCUUCUACAUCGGCCUGGGCUCACGCAUCAACUGCAACGUCUUCUCCUACGACUACUCUGGCUACGGGGCCAGCUCGGGGAAACCCUCGGAAAAGAACCUGUACGCCGACGUGGACGCCGCCUGGCACUCCCUCAGGACACGGUACGGUAUUAGGCCAGAGAACGUGAUCGUGUAUGGUCAGAGUAUCGGUACAGUCCCGUCCGUGGACCUGGCGGCACGCUACGAGAGUGCCGCGGUCAUACUGCAUUCCCCCCUCACCUCUGGCAUGAGAGUGGCCUUCCCAGACACCAAGAAAACCUACUGCUUUGAUGCCUUUCCCAAUAUUGACAAGAUCUCCAAGGUGACGUCUCCGGUGCUGGUGAUCCACGGGACGGAAGACGAGGUGAUCGACUUCUCCCAUGGCCUGGCGCUGUACGAGCGCUGCCAGAGGCCCGUGGAGCCCCUGUGGGUGGAAGGUGCCGGCCACAACGACGUCGAGCUCUAUGGACAGUACCUGGAGCGCUUGAAACAGUUUGUGGCCCACGAGCUCGUCAACUUGUCAACUUGAAUUCGACCCUUAGUCACCCACCUACUGCAACUGUGAACAUUUUGAAAUACCCAGCCUUUUAAAAAAAAAAUAACAUUUUUCUUUUUUUGUAUAUUUUAGUUUAUAAUUUGAAACAGCGUGGGGAUGAGAGACGGAGGGGAUGAUGGACGGAUAUAAUAACAUGCCAUUUAGCAGACGCUUUUAUCCAUAGCGACUUAGUCAUGGGUGCAUAUAAUUUACAUACGGGUGGUCCAGGAAUCCAACCCCUUGGAAAGUGCCCUUUACCAACUGAGCUACAGUGGAACACUUGAGUGUACUCAAGGAUUGUGUGUUUUGAGCACAGAAGAGCAGUUGGAUUCUGUGUGCUUGUCACAUUUUUUUGCUGCCCUUCAGAAGGAUGCGGCUCUGGUCCAAUGUAUGGACAUCUGACGCACACACCUCUGAGCAUAUCUAAGCGGUUUCUGUGGAGUAGCUAUGCUGGAUGGAAGACUGGACCGCCACUCAACUAAGUCUGUCUUGACUAAGCCAUAUUUGCACCUAUCACGUGUUACGUAGAACUGUACAAGAUAAAACUCUGACAUUUUAAAAUGGCAGUGCCAGUGUUGCCAACUGUUCAGCAUAUUGAAGAACAAAACACGGGAUACGGACAGCAUCCUAGAAACCUCUGAAAUUGUAUAAGCUAUACAAAGCUUUUUGUUUCAUCUAUUCUUUCAGUAAAGCUGCUACGACUCAAUUUUAUAUCGUAAAACAAAUGAAGCUUUAUCAUUUCAGAGGAAUAUCAUUUCUAGAUAUUGAUUUUGUAUAAACUGCCUGCACACCUGGUAGUUCUUGUUACAUCGUUUAAGACUCAUGCCACUGAUGCCAUAAAGCUUUGAAAAAUAAGUGAAAUGCGUGAUGGUAAAUUGCUUUGAAGACAGCUUGGUUUUGCAGAGACAACUGGACUCCUGCGCACUUUUUGUUGAACCCUUAUCUGACAGAAUACAUUUUUUUUUCUUUCUGAGAAACCCUAAUGCAGAAUAAGGUUAAACAUUUGCCAAUCACGUACUUUAUUGUAUUAGACACUAAGUGGAAGCGGAUUUUGUUAUAAAGUGCUACUGCAUGCCAUGAUAGACUAGUGUUUUCUUCACCUUUUAGCUGGCUAAAUUCUGGCUAGCUGAAGGCCAUGGAUGCUACACAUAACCUCUAGUUUUGAUUGGUACUAUCUGAUGAACUGAAAUGUUAGGAUUGGUUGUUGCUGUUAGAUAAUGUGUCAUUGAACUCUACUGGGGACUUUUCUGUACUUAAAUGUAAUGCUUUCAUCCGUUUUCACUUUAUAAAUAGUUUGUACUGGACAAGCCUCUAAAUUCUAGUUGUAAGUACUACUGUAACUUGAAUAUGAUCUGGCAUCCAUCUGUGGUGAGCAUUAUUUUAUUUUAUUAUGAUGACCGUUGAAAAUCUGGUCACCCAGACGAUGUGAUUUCUGUUUGUUUUUUUCCCAAGACGCUGCAUUACUGAAGGAAAUUAUGUAACAUGGUCUUGAUUAGUGAUAAUAAAACGGAUAUAAACAA